GUAGAGUUAUCCUACAGCACAGUACGGACCUAUGAGAUAAGAUCAUGAUGAACGCCCUCCACUGCAUUCUCUUUUACGUACUCGUUGCGCCUGUGCUAGCCACCACCGCACCCCAAUAUGACCUUCCGCCUCUUCCGUAUCCCCACGAUGCACUUGAGCCGCACUUGGAUGCUGAGACCAUGCUGAUACAUCACGACCGACACCACAGAGCAUAUACCAACAAUUUGAACGCCGCACUGGCAAAACUUGACAGUGAAGGAGCUUUAAAGGAUGAAGGAGAGAUUACUGUGGAAGCAUUGUUGAACAGGUUGGCGCUGGAAGAGGCUGGUGAUGUUGAACGGGCGCGAUGGUGGGGUGACGAGUCUAUUCGGAAAGAUAUUAGGAAUAAUGGCGGUGGUUAUGUAAACCACAAGAUCUACUUUGCAAAUCUCGCCCCGAAUCCCCUCUCGGAGAACCGGCAACCUUCUCCCGGAAGUUCCUUUUCUGUUGCCAUACACACGCAGUAUCACACAAUAUCCAACUUCACUCAGCUCUUCACCAACGCAGCACUGUCGGUCUUUGGGUCCGGAUGGGUUUUUUUGUGCUAUGUUCCGGAUACCAAUGAAGUAGAUAUCAUUGUCACCAAAGAUCAAGAUGUACCACAGUUUGCACCUGGUUAUGAAGGACGAAACAUGACGGUUGUGCUAGCUUUAGAUAUUUGGGAGCAUGCAUAUUACUUGAAGUACCGAAACCAACGCAAGGACUACAUUAGCGCAUGGUGGCAGGUGGUCAACUGGACAGACGUUGAAAGACGCUUUGACAGCGGAGUCGGUGUAAAGUCCAUACCUGGGGGACGAGAUGAACUGUAAAGUUGGCUCCAAUGUGAAUAUAGUGCGGUUAACUUGCGAUUGAAAUGUGAGUCAUUGGGAA